CUCAUGCGUGCCGCGGCCCGGCCUCCGUUGCUCAGCGCCCGCCCAGCCGGAUCCUGAGGCGGCGGCACCGGCACCGGGACCGCCAGCGGCAUGGCGGGCGCCCCUCAGGAGAACACCCUGCUGCACCUCUUCGCCGGGGGAUGCGGAGGAACAGUUGGUGCCAUCUUUACUUGUCCCUUAGAAGUAAUAAAGACUAGGCUCCAAUCUUCAAAGCUAGCCUUCCGGGCUGUCUACUACCCGCAAGUCCAGCUGGGGACCAUCAGUGGUGAAGGAAUGGUUAGACCAACAUCUGUAUCACCUGGGCUCUUCAGCGUUCUCAAGUCAAUUCUGGAAAAAGAAGGACCAAGGUCGCUCUUCCGAGGUCUGGGUCCAAACUUGGUUGGAGUUGCACCAUCAAGAGCUGUCUAUUUUGCAUGCUACUCCAAAGCCAAAGAGCAAUUUAAUGGCAUUUUCGUACCCAACAGCAAUAUUGUGCACAUCUGUUCUGCAGGUUCUGCAGCCUUUGUCACAAAUUCCCUGAUGAAUCCUAUAUGGAUGGUGAAAACCAGAAUGCAACUGGAACGGAAAGUCAGGGGUUCAAAACCAAUGAAUGCAUUGCAGUGUGCUAGAUACGUUUACCAGACAGAAGGUAUCCGUGGCUUUUAUAGAGGCCUGACUGCGUCCUAUGCUGGGAUUUCUGAGACCAUAAUCUGCUUUGCUAUUUAUGAAAGUUUAAAAAAGCACUUAAAGGAAGUCCAGCUGCCCCCUUCUUCUACUAAUGGGACCGAAAGGAACUCCACAGACUUCUUUGGACUGAUGUUUGCUGCUGCUGUUUCCAAGGGCUGUGCCUCUUGUAUUGCUUAUCCACAUGAGGUCAUACGGACACGGCUGCGAGAAGAAGGCACUAAAUACAAGACUUUCAUUCAGACAGCACGUCUGGUAGCACGUGAGGAAGGCUAUCUUGCCUUCUAUAGAGGACUCUUUGCCCAGCUCAUCCGACAGAUACCAAACACAGCCAUUGUGUUGUCGACCUAUGAGUUAAUUGUGUAUCUGUUAGAAGACCGUGCAAAGUAGCAGAACCAAGACUACUGUUACAGACUGUAGACCAAUUUCUUCAUUGAACAAAUAGUCUUUUAUGACUGCUGCAGGUGGCAGUGCUGGUGGAAGAGCUACGAGUCUGUGAUCACCUGCUGGAUAUUUUCCUUUUGGAUUCAUGUUUUCUGAAAGGUUUUGAGUCAUUAACGUUAAUAGUUAAUUAUAACUUUUUUUUUAACUUAAUGAUAAUUAAACAGCUACUAAAUUAAA